CCCACCAGGUAGGCAAUCUUGUGUUUCCUAAACAAAAAUUAAGGAAAAAGGAAAGCUUUUCGUCUGUUACAUGCAUGAUUUUACAUUUUGGGAAACCGAGUCCUCUGUAGAAAGUAGGGAUUUGUUGGAAGGAAGGAUGGAUGAGAAAGAAAAGUAGGAGCAACUGGAGGCAGAAAGACAAAAGUGAUCUUAAAGCACGAAUGGGUUUAUUCUUCCUAGUGCUAUUAUGAGAGACAUUGUUCAGCAACAAAUGACAUUUUCUGAAAAGUAACAAGUCAAGUCUAUAAGACUUUCUUUAAAAAUAAAGUAUUCCCUUUCUUUCAUGUUAGUGACUUAUUGGCAGACUUCAAAGUUGCUGCCAACCAUAUGCUUGCAAUAGAAACAGAGCUACACUCCGGGUUGUCAGCCAUGCUUGCAGCUUUGUCAGUCGGUAUUACAGAGAAACAGCAGAUGGAUUCAGUGUAUGAUCUGUGGCUUAAAAGAAAUCAGAUUUGGAAUCGUUAUUGUGGCUUAUUCUGCAUGAAGAAUUCUGCAUUCUACCAAGAAGCAAAAUGAAAAAACCAAGCACAAUGAAAGCAAAAGGCAGCCCACCUUGAACCAAGGCAACAUUGUGUUGCAAGGCAGACCUUAGCAACCUGAAGCCAAACAGAGCCCCUUGUGUUAACAGAGGGCAAACUCAAGCAAAGAUCAUUGUGGCUUGUUUACAGAAUCUUAUCAGGUGCUGCUAGCAAAAAAAGAGCUUUGAAGCUGCUAUUCUGCUCCACCAGCCACAUCACCAGGGCAACAUGGCAUUUACAGGCAAAUACGAAUUCGAAGGCGAUGAGAACUAUGAUGACUUUGUGAAGAAGAUUGGUCUCCCCAGUGACAAGAUUGAAAUGGGAAGGAAUUGCAAAAUAGUCACUGAGGUAGUGCAGAAUGGAAAUGACUUCACCUGGACACAGCAUUUCCCAGGAGGCCACACCACGACCAACACAUUCACAAUUGGCAAGGAAGCAGACAUGGAGACAAUGGGUGGUAAAAAGUUCAAGGCAACUGUUAAAAUGGAAGAUGGGAAAAUAGUAGCUGAUUUUCCCAACUAUCAUCAUACUGCAGAGAUUUGUGGAGGAAAGUUAGUGGAGACUUCUACUACUUCUGGUGUAGUCUACAAAAGGACCAGCAAAAGGAUCGCUUAAGGCAGUAAAGCCAGUCUCUUCCAGUGCACUGAAAAACAAACAACAAUACAAAUAAAUAAAAUAGUGCUGA